AUGGGCGGAGGACCCAGAUUUGCCCUCCCUCCCCUGUGUGUGUUCCUUCUCUGUGCCUCCCCUGGAAACACCUCAUCCCCACACCAGGGCGUUGAAAUUGACUUUACCAAGGCGAGGGUGGUGGGUGUGCAGGGGUGGGACGGGCUAGGGGGAGCGCUCAUCAGCCAAUGGAUGGAGGACAUUUGUCGGCGGCAGCUGCACCGGGUGGUGAAGGCAGCCGGGCCUGUCAGCCCCCUGUGGGCCCUGGGUGCUGCUUCCCUGCAGCUGGUGCUGCUGCCAGUUCAAGAGUACAGGCAGAACAAGAGGCUCAUGCGAGGGGUGAAGAAAGGUGCCAUCCUUUUCCUCCAGUCACUCUCCCACGAGCUGCUGGGCGUGGGAGUGACAGUGGCAGCCGGCACACACCACCUGCUGCAAGCAGCAGAACUCGCCCUGGCUGCCACAACUGCCGCUACAACCGCUACAGCUGGUCCUGCUGUUUCUGCUACAGCCGCUACAGCCAGGCCUCGGCCUUUGGCAGCAGCACAAGAGGUGCUGAACCGCAGUGUGGAAAGAAGCUUGUCCUCGUUAUUAGGUGCUCCGUUAAGGAAAUGGAGGCGAGGGGACGGAAUGCCUGCAGUGGCAGCGGCGGUGGUGAAAGGCAUCCCAGCAGCAGCCAUGGCUCCUGUGGUGGGGGCGGCUGAAGCUCUGGAGGAAACACUUCGAGGAGUCAAACGCACGAUUGCACCAAGGCGAUAG